CAUCACACUGGGUGCAAGACAGCCACCAAGCCAGCCCUCCAGUAUGGAAGAAUGAGAGCCAUCUCAUCAUGAAGUAAUUCUGGAUGUUUUAUCUGUAAAACGUUUGUCAUAAUCCAAACAGCCAUUUCCCGCUGUUCAAACCUUAUCCAGAUCCCUCUCUCGGAUCGGAACAGGAAGAGGCGGGUAUUAGUCAGAGACACCGGACACCUUCAGGGCAUGCUCAUUCCGUUUGGUCCUUGCUUGGGCCGAGCGCGGACGAUCUGACGAUGCAGCGGGGCCCCAGAGCGCAGCAUGAGCGUCCACACCAUAGGGGGCGCCAUUGUGAGCUUGCUGGGCACUAGCCUAGCGGUGCGGAUCAGCAGCGGAGGCCUGUCCCUGAAGCUCACCCAAUCGGGGCGGAUCGCCUGUCUGCUGCAGACCAUGGUGCCCCUGGCCUACACCAAACUGCAGGAGGAGCGCCUGGCGCCGGCCGAGGGCGCGGGCAAGCCGGACGGGCACCAGAACGGGUUCCGCCCGGACCCGCCCCACGCGGAGGGCCGGCGGCACUCGGACCGGAGCGCGCGGGCCUCCGUCAGCCUCGCGGACAACGGGGACUGCCGCUACUCGGAGACGGACGCCCUGCUGAGCGAGGGCAGGCUGUCUGGGGAGGACGGGGGGGAGGAGGAGGAGGAGGAGGAGGGGGAAGGGCAGCGCGAGGAGGUGGAAGAGGGGGGCGGGGCCACCCGCAGAAUGCCCAGGGAGCCGCCGCUGGCCAUGGCGCUGCAGAUACUCCUGCCUUUCCUUCUGGCCGGGUUCGGCACGGUGUCGGCCGGGAUGGUGCUGGACGUGGUGCAGCACUGGGAGGCCUUUAAGAACGUGACAGAGAUCUUCAUCCUGGUGCCUGCUCUGCUGGGCCUGAAGGGGAACCUGGAGAUGACCCUGGCCUCCAGACUUUCAACUGCGGUGAACGUGGGGAAGAUGGACUCGCCCAUCGAGAAGUGGAACCUGAUCAUCGGGAACCUGGCCCUCAAGCAGGUGCAGGCCACGGUGGUGGGCUUCCUGGCGGCUGUGGCGGCCGUGGUGCUGGGCUGGAUCCCCGAGGGAAAGUUCCAGAUGAGCCACGCAGUGCUGCUGUGCUCCAGCAGUGUGGCCACCGCCUUCAUCGCAUCGCUGCUGCAAGGCUUCAUCAUGGUGGGGGUGAUUGUCGGCUCCAAGAAGACGGGCAUCAACCCUGACAACGUGGCCACGCCCAUCGCUGCUAGUUUUGGAGAUCUCAUCACCCUGGCGAUCCUGGCGUGGAUCAGUCAGGGCCUGUACAGCUGCCUGGACUCGCACCCCUACAUCUCCUCGCUGGUGUGUGCCUUCUUCCUGUGUCUGACGCCGGUGUGCAUCGUCAUCUCCUCCAAGCACCCGGCCAGCCGCACGCUGCUCUAUUCCGGCUGGGAGCCCGUCAUCACCGCCAUGGUCAUCAGCAGUAUCGGAGGGCUCAUCCUGGACAAAACGGUCUCGGACCCCAACCUGGCCGGGAUUGUGGUCUACACCCCGGUCAUUAACGGGAUCGGUGGGAAUCUGGUGGCCAUCCAGGCGAGCCGGAUCUCCACCUACCUGCACUUCCACAGCGCACCUGGGGAAAUCCCAGAGGAGGCCAAAGGCUGCUACUACCCCUGCCGAACCUUCUGUGGCACAGGAGCCAAUCACCGCUCGGCCCAGGUCCUGCUCCUGUUGGUCAUCCCGGGUCACCUGAUCUUUCUCUACACCAUCCACCUGAUGAAGAGCGGCCACACCACCCUCACGCCCAUCUUCACCACCGUCUACCUGGCCGCCGCCCUGCUGCAGGUGUUCGCUCUGCUCUGCAUUGCGGACUGGAUGGUUCACUUCAUGUGGCGGAGCGGGAAGGACCCGGACAGCUUCUCCAUCCCCUACCUGACAGCGCUGGGGGACCUGCUGGGCACCGCCCUCCUGGCCCUCAGCUUCCACUUCCUGUGGGUCAUCGGGGACCAGGACAGCGACGUGGGCGACUGAGACGGGGGCGGCGGGCGGCUUCGGGAAGGGAGGGGACAACCUCACACCGGCCCCCUGUCCUGCCUGUAGCCCUAACCCCCUCUGUGGGUCUAGA